GCAGGUUUACGCGGAUAGGAGAAUUGACACGCUCCUCGUGGUAAUGCGUAUCAUAUCCACAGGCCUUUUAAGACAGAUUGUUGUGUAAAUCGUAGACGAAAAUUGAAGUUCAAGUCGGAGCUUGAAGUACACAUAUUGGAAGUGAGGGUGGAGUGGAAACUCCCAGAUACACUGCAAUUGCUCAUGACAGAUAUCCAGCCGAGACUUCCAGUCUAGGUUGCGUUACCAGAUUCUAGCUCCCAUUUUACGAACUCAGCAUAGAGAGGACAUGAAGCUGAAUACGAUAGACUCCUCUUCUUUAGCACAUUGAACGAGGCAAGCUAAAUUCAACAGUGUAGUCCGCCUUCAGCGUCCUCGAUCUUCGUCUGAAGAGAGAGAGAUGACAGAGGGGGGCCUGGAUCAGAUGCUUGUUCCCAACGAGAGCUACGCCUUGGAGCAUACACCGACGUGGGCCGUCGGUUUAGUCUGUGUCGUUUUCAUCGCACUAUCCCUACUCAUGCAACGAGGACUUCAGAAACUCGGAAACUGGCUUGUUAAGAGGCAUCAGAAACCUUUGAACGAGGCUUUAGAAAAGAUGAAAGAAGAACUGAUGCUGUUGGGAUUCAUCUCACUGCUUCUGACAGCUGCUCAGAAUCCCAUCUCGAGGCUCUGCAUGCCAGAUUCCUGGGCUGAUCAUAUGCUGCCGUGCCAUUUCGAUCAAAGUACAGAAGCCAUGACUGGGAACGGCGGGUUUAAUGAAUCUCCUGGACCAGAAAGGCCACCUGAGUUCAAUACACCUUUAUCAUCAGAUCCUGCUGAGCAAGUCCCCAUUCCUCACCACAUACGAACCCUUCUGGUCGAUCAUGAUUCAAGCGUCAGUUCCCGCAUGCUUGCACGCGAAGUACCUCCAUUUGAUAUGGAUGAGUAUGUGACGCAUCCAAGACGAAUAUUGUCUGGAAUAAGCACUCAUCACUUAUGCUCACCGGGCCAUGUUCCAGUUCUAUCUACUGAAAGUCUGCAUCAGCUCCAUAUAUUUAUAUUCGUCAUGGCUGUGGUUCACGUAUUCUACAGUUGCUUCACAAUGCUUUUUGGGUUCACCCAGUUAAGAAGCUGGAAAAGGUGGGAGGCAGAAACAUGUGUUGACAACUACAACUACACUGAUGAAAUAAAGAAGUCAUUCAACGAAUCCACUUUUAAGAAGAUGGCAUUUACUCGUCAGAGCACAUUCGUGGCAUCUCGCACCAGUACUGCAUGGUCCACGACCUUCACAGGAAGCUGGAUUAUGAGUUUCCUUCGUCAGUUUGGCAGAUCAGUGACUAAAUCAGAUUAUCUCACUCUUCGUCUGGGGUUUAUCAAGAAUCACAAUGCACCGUUGAAGCUGAACUUCUACAAAUAUAUGAUGCGAUCCUUGGAAGAUGACUUGAAGACUGUUAUUGGAAUCAGUGGCUAUUUGUGGGUUUUCGUGAUCUUCUUCAUGAUUCUCAAUGUUCAUGGUUGGUACGCAUAUUUCUGGAUGUCUUUUAUACCAGUUGUGAUCAACAUGGUCAUUGGUACGAAACUUCAGCAUAUUAUUACUCAGCUGGCCAUGGAAACAGCACACUCCCACGGUAUAAUUGGCGAUCUUGUAAAGCCCAGGGACGAACUGUUUUGGUUCAAUAACCCGCAUGUGCUUUUGUACUUGAUUCACUUUGUUCUUUUUCAGAAUGCCUUUGAACUGGCCUUUUGCAUAUGGUUAGUGACGACUUUCGGGUUCAAUUCAUGUUACUUCAACAAACAUGGCUUCAUUAUAACUCGCGUUAUUGUGGGAAUCCUCGCUCAGGUUUUGUGCAGCUACAGCACAUUACCCCUCUACGCACUUGUUUCUCAGAUGGGCUCCCACUAUAAGAAAGCCAUCUUUGAUAUACCCGUAUCAAACGCCAUUCAGGGCUGGCGCUCCAAAGCCAAGGAGACUCGGAGAAAACUGCGGCAGGAAAACCACAAAUCUGAACACAUUAUUGAAAAGGGAUUUGAGCACAUUCAUCUGCACCUUCAUCAUGGAAACUCUGAUGCAAGUUCUCACCACGGAUCCAGGCUUGAAAUAGAUACUACUGAUCAUGAUGAUCAUUCAAUUCAUCACAGUAUUCUUCACGGGCACAAAUUCCAUCUCCAUCCCGACACUCCCAAGACUCCUAAAACCCCGAGGACUCCGAAGAUGCCGAAAUCCAAGUCUGAUGUACCUGUGACUGAUCCAGGAGCUGAACCCGACAGUGCAGUCGAGCAAGCAACUUCGGACCCAGAGAAAGGAGAAGAGGUGAAAGAUGAUACCUUUGACGUCCCAGUCCCAGUGGUCUUGAAGAAGAACUUAUCCUUCAAGCUGCCGAGAGAAGAAAGUAUCGUUGAAAGGGAUGGUCCUGUCACAGCGCCAUGGCCUGUUAACAUCGUCGAUCGCAUGGCACGACUUCCAUCGAGAAAGAUCAAGAGCUACACCAUCGAAGUCAAAUCAGGUGAAACGCUUCACCCUUCGAUGGUUGAACCUCCAAACUCUCUGCCACCGACACCCAGGCCUGCUGCUGCUGCCAUGCCGGGUUCAUCUCUCUCGGUUCCAGCUACUCCAUCCGCGAGUACGAGUGGAGAAGACAAGGUCCGAGUACAAGCUCAUGCUUUGCCGGUCCAAUCUGAUCGCGAGAUUGAGAACAUAACCACGACGGCAUCUAUUUCGGAAGAACAGGAAAGUGCUCAUGGGAAGGGGCUGGUCGCUCCGACCCUUGGUCCAUAG